AUGUCUAAGCCAUCAAUUGGGUUUGUGGGUCUAGGAGCUAUGGGCUUCGGCAUGGCCACCCAUCUCGUGAAGGAAGGAUAUCCAGUUCACGGCUUCGACGUAUUCCCUGCUUCAGUUGAUAGGUUCAAAGCUGCUGGUGGUAUUCCAGCUUCUUCUUUACAAGAAUCAGCAAGCGACAAGCAGUACUAUAUUUGUAUGGUCGCCUCUGCGCCGCAAGUUCAGAGUGUCUUGUUUGGAGAAGGAGGGAUUGUCUCUGGUCUUCCACAAAACUCUACCCUCAUUCUAUGCUCAACAGUCGCUGCCUCAUACGCUCAAUCAGUUGCGACAGAACUUCAGUCGCUUGAACGUGGGGAUAUUCAAUUUAUUGAUGCACCCGUCUCUGGCGGCGCAAAGCGCGCUGCUGAUGGAACUCUGUCUAUUAUGGCUGGAGCACCGGAAACUGCGCUGGAAAGCGGCCGAUUCUUGCUCGAGGCUAUGUCCGACUCUAACAAGCUUUACCUAGUCCCUGGAGGCAUUGGUGCAGGAAGCAACAUGAAGAUGGUGCACCAGGUCCUUGCUGGUAUUCAUAUCCUCGGCGCAAGUGAGGCAAUGGGCUUCGCAGCACAGCUGGGUCUGGAUGCGACGAAAACAGCAGAUGCUAUUAAAUCGUCGGACUCGUGGACAUGGAUGCAUGAGAAUCGUCUACAACGCCUCUUGGAGGAGGAUUGGCACCCAGGUGCUAGUGCACUUACAAUUAUUCUCAAGGAUGUUGGAAUUAUUACUACUUCCGCUCGUCAAAACCAGUUCCCUACACCUCUGUGCAGUACUGCUGAGCAGGUUUACCUAUCUGCGCUUUUGCAAGGUUACGGUCCCGUCGACGACUCCUCUAUGGUCCGCCAAUACUUCUCUGAAUCUGUCAUGAAAGUUUUCAAUACCAAGCCAGCAGAGGAAACAGCAGAGGCCCAACAGUUGGUGCUAGACAUGAUGGAAUUGACAAAUCUCGUGGCUGCAGCUGAGGCUAUUUCGUUUGCCCGUUACCUCAAUGUCGAUCUCAAGCAGUUCUUCACUCUUGUGAGCGAUGCUGCGGGUUCGAGUCGUCAGUUCAUGACAAAGGGACUAGAGAUGAUUGAAAACCGUACUGGUGAGGUUGCUGGAUCAGAGACAAUCAACGAUGCGAUCGUGCGAUUGGAGAAAGCUGUGCAGAAGGCGAGAGAUCUUCAUUGUCCACUGCAUCUUGGAAAUGCGGCAAUCAACACUUUGUUCCUGGCGAAGCGGGCUGGAUUGGGUGCUGAAAGCAGUUCGAGUGUUAUUAAGGUGUUUGGAAGCGAGUAG